UGUUCGUCUCGUCUCCUGGCCCCAAUCCCCACCACCGCGACGAGACCCGUCACCCAACCCAGGCAAGGCGAAGAGAGGAGAGGUCUGAGGCCGCGGCGGCGGAGAAGUAAGAGGCGAUCGGAGAUGGUGCGGAAGGCGAAGGUUGAGUUCGACGAGAGGCCGCCGGAUGACUUCGACCCGAAGAACCCGUACGGGGACCCGGUGGCGAUGCUGGAGUACAGGGAGCACCUGGUGCGGGAGAAGUGGAUCCAGAUCGAGACCGCCAAGAUCAUCCGCGACCGCCUCCGCUGGUGCUACCGGAUCGAGGGCGUCAACCACCACCAGAAGUGCCGCCACCUCGUCGACCAGUACCUCGAGUCCACCCGCGGCGUCGGAUGGGGCAAGGACCACCGCCCGGCCGACCUGCACGAGCCCAAGAAGGUGGUCGAGGCCGAGGAGUAGCACGGCUGCUUCUGCUGAUGUUCCUGGAAUGGAGAGGUGAUCUUUCCAUUGGAAUUGGAAGUAGUAACUUGAACUGCUCAGCUCUGUUUUUUACCUCUGAUGGUGCUGAUAAACCUUUAAUAAAUGAUGUCCAAGGAAACAUUGCUGUCUUUGUCUGUAAUUUUCUGUCACUUCGAAGAUUUGAGCAAAGCAUUGCCUGGACUUUUUCCUGUCUUGUUUUCAAUUUCAUUAAUACAGAUGGUGAUUAGUUGAAAUUCCCCUUGCAUGUCAAUUUACAAGGGUACAAAAGAUGGCCCUUGCUGUAAUGUACAAUUUUCCUUUUACGGUUUAUUUAUGUGCUGCUUAAUUGUGAUUUUCUUCAA